UUUCCCCUCAAAUAGUUUGGAAAUCGCUUAAAGAAAAGAUCCCUAAAUCGAAUGAACUUUAACUAAAACCUCGAAAUCGUGAGACUGCCUCGAUAUAAAGUGCCAAAAGACUUGGGAGUGUGCUCAGAGCCUGCAUAGCUGCCAGUCUGCCCCCAAAAAAACAUGCUGAAAAGUUCCCGCAGUGCCCGCAGCAAGAUGUUGAUGAUGCAGAUGAUGGAUGGCCAUGUAACCGCAGCGAUCCGAGCAACAUGGAUGCAUACCAAAUAGAGCUGGAGGCACAGGCACAAAUCCGCUCCAAUCUUUUGGUUGAAAAUUGUGUGAAGCACGCAGUCGGGCAGCCGCAGCAGCAGCUGCAUCAGCAGAAGGAGAGAAAGGAUAGUCACAUCAAGGACUUUGACGACAACGAGGAAGAGCAGGACGUGGAAGAAGAGGAGGAGGAGGAGGAGGAAGAAGAGGAGGAGGACGAAGAUAACGCAGAAGAGGAGGAGGAACACGAGGACAGGCUCCUGCCAGAAGUCAAUUUCGAUGCAAAUUCGGAUUUCAAUUUGCAUUUCUUUGACACGCCCGAGGACUCCUCGACGCAAGGCGCCUACAGCGAGGCCGCCAGCCGCGACCUAGACUCCGAUCCGGAGCAGGAGCCGGGGGAGGAUCCACAGCAGCAGCGGGAGCUGCAGGAUUGCCUCAGUGCCAUCGAGGCGGCGGAUGCGGAUCCCCUGCAGCUGCUGCAGUGCGACGACUACUACGGCCCGUCCGCUGCAAGCGAGGGCGUGGCAGGCGCACCAGUCAUAGCCACAACUGCCACUGCACCGCAUCCCCACAAUCCACACCACAAUCCGAGCAAUCCACACCACAACGCAAACUCCAAUGCAAACGCACACCAUCAGCCGCAGUCCCAGCAGUCGCAGCUGAACUGCACCUUGAGCAAUGGUAGAGGUGCUCUGUACACCAUCAGCAGUGUGCAUCAGUUUGGUCCCGCCAGCAGCAGCAGCAGCAGCCACCACCACCACCACAGCUCCUCACCCAACUCGAGUGGGGCACACGCCUCGCCGGACAGCGGCUGCUCUUCGGCCAGCUCCAGCUCCUCCCACGCCGUUUCCUCAUCAUCGUCUUCGAGCUGCUCGGAGCAUUUUGGUCGCUCAGCCGCAGUUGCAGCCGCAGCAGCAGCCGCAGCAGCAGUCGUUGCAUCUGCAGCCACAGCCACAUCCACGUCGCUUGUCAAUGUCAGCGGGAAUGCUCAUACAUCCUCGUCAGCGGUUAGCUCCAGCUCCAACUCCAAUUCCAGUCCCAGCUCCGUCUCCGUCUCCCUUGCCAGCUCCAGCGCAGCAACAUCUUCAUCUGUUGCGCAUCUAAACAAAGGCCACUCAGCUCCCUUUCCCUCUUGCUAG